AUGGUCCACGAAUAUGACUUUCUCGCCCAUGCGCUACUUGGUCUAGCAGCGCAGCAUCUAACGCUGACAACCGACGCCGAUUACUCGUCCAUGGCCCUCGACCAUCGUGUGGCUGCUAUGAGGUCACUGAAUGAGACCUUGUCGAAACCUUGCUCGUCUAGUUCCGAUGCGGAUGCAAGAUAUGGAGCGAUCCUGACUCUGAUGUUCCAGGCUUCUUGCAUGCCGGACGCCCUGAUGGACUUCCUUAUCACGAUGAGGGGCUGCUUGGUGAUUGAGAGUAUGGCGCAGGCGUUCCAAGACUCCCUAUUCAAGAGUUUUAAUAGGGAGUCCUAUGUUGAGUCCUUCCGGCGCCUCAUUUCUUGUCACCCGAGCCUAGACUACGACGAGACCGUCUUAGAUGACGUAUCAGCCUCUCUGCGCCUUGUUGCGCCACUCUGUAGGAGCGUUGCCGAGCUGAAGUACUUGGCGACUCUCGAACGGAUUGUGCAAGUAGCACGUAAUUCCGUUUCCGACGCAUGCCUCGAGCUUGCAGGCAGCUUCUCGUUGACAAACAAGAUGACGGAUGAAGAGUUUGCGUCUUUUACGGGGCCAAGGAACUACGCCGCGCAAAUCCUCUUGGCGCAUUUCUUCGUCCUAGACGACAUCAUCGAAACCUGGGCAUUAGGCUCUAAUUGCAUCGUCUACUCCUCAACCAGGGCCACCACUCUGUCCUGGGUUGAAAAGUUGGCUGUUAACCUCCCGCCAUCGUACAAAAGUUAUAGUGUGGUUCUUAAAAAGGGAUUAUGCUGGGUCAUCGUUAUGGGAGCCCUCUGGCUAUGCAUUUGCUUCGUCCUCCGCACCCUUGGCGCCCACGACCAACAAGAAAUGAUCUAUGUCAUUAUAUCCACGCUUUUGUUCUUAUUGGCCCCGCUUUGGAUCAAUGCAUUCGCUUACAUGGUUGUCGCUCGUCUCAUCUACUUCCUACUUCCCGAGCAAAAGGUCUUCAACGUUAACGCGCGGUGGCUGGCAAAGGGGUUUGUCACUGCGGAUGUUGUCUCGUUCCUCGUUCAGGCAGCCGGGGGAUCAAUGCUUGCUGAUCAAAAUGAUAAGGAUAAGGCUCGGUUGGGCCAGAAGGUGUAUAUGGCUGGGAUCGCAGUCCAGCUCGUCUUCGUCAUAAUCUUCAUAUUGGUUUCGAUUCAGUUCCAACGCAGAUUAUCGAAUCUCAUCAAAGCUGGAAAGCUGGAUCGGCCAACAGCAUGGGUUCAGCCCCUCGUUUGGACAAUAUUCGCGGUCCUAGCAUUGAUUAUGGUGCGAAUCAUUUUCCGACUCGUCGAGUUCAGCCAGGGUGCUUCAGCUGACAACCCUAUCCUCCAACAUGAAGCUUAUCAACUUUGUCUUGAUGCCUUACCGAUGCUUGCCGCGCUAUUUGCACUAAAUGCGGUCCACCCAGGGAUGGUUCUCAAAGGACCCGGCAGUAGUUUUCCGAAGAGGCGUUGGUGCCUCGGCGGGAAAGUGAAGACAAGGAAUACGGCGUGGUCGGCAGGGGAUACAGAUUCCACGCAAUACUACCCUCUGCAGAGGAGGAGCGAGCCCGUCAGCAUCGAGAACGGUGGCCUACAUCGCUCAGAGCACGCUUAA